UUAUGAAAGAAAGCUGGGAAAUUAAUGUUAUUUGUAAUUGAGUUCUUUUUUGGCCAGGUUUUAUACACAUACAUGUAAGGUGCUGAAUACUAACCCUUUUUUGCCUUUUUAAACAACGUCACAAGAAAGCUAUUAAAGCACAGAAUUGGUGUUCCAAAUGUGCUAUUUAUUUAUUGGUUUGUUUGUUGGAUUAUUUAGUACGUUAGUCUAAAGUAUUUGUAGCCUCUCUUGGUGUUGAUUUGUUUCUGUUGUUUGCAUCGUUGUGUAGCCUAUAUAUACAUGAUAGCGUCAUUUUGUUAAUCAUUUCCUUAUAAAAAAAAAAUGCGGCGUACUAUUUCUGACGUACUUAGUAUGAACCGUUGGACGUAGAAAUACCGCCAGUCACUAAAUUUCAAAAAAACCCGAUUGAACAUAAGUAUUUUAUUUUAUUUUUUACAUGGUUACGAAGAAUACAAAGGAUCUUCGCGAAUAAAUAAACAGUAAACAAAGCAGCACAGCAGAACAAACGGCUAAUCUGCUAAAUGUAGACUCGCAUUUAGUUUCCAUAGAAGCCACGGUCACGUGACUUUGUUGCUCUCUAGAGUCUAGACAACGAUGACAAGCUAGCAAAUUAGUUUUGACUUGGGAUUUAAAAAAAAAAAUUGUAAAGACUUUUAUUUGUUUAUAAAGAAUGGCUGAAAUAAUUAAAAAAGGAGACGAGGUUGGACGUAUUCUAGUGCAGGUGCAGAAUGAUUUAAGUCAGCUGAGGAAGAGGCUGGGUCGAAUAGACCACGACGGGACUUUAGAUGUUCAGGUUCUUGAUGAGGCGAUAAGCAGGACAGAGGACGGCAUCAAGAACCGUGCAGAGGAAUAUCUAAAGACAGUAAAUAAACAAGUCCUGACACUUCCCAUUAUUGAACAUGUUGAGAAGAAAGCAGUGACGGUUGCCAAAUGGCAGCCUCCCACUGAGUCCAUCCCAUAUAUUGCUCCUCAGAAAUAUCUGACUGCUGGAUCAUCUCCUGGAGAGAAGCACAAGGCAGCUUUUACAAUGCGUGCACUAUACAACCCUGACCACCCUAAACACAGAGACCUGAUGCACCAGAACUAUGGCCUUCAACUUCCUGAUUUGCUCAAGAAACCUGGGCCUACUGUGGGAACCCAGAAAGCCAAGAGCUCUACAGUAGCUGUUGUACCUAUAGACCAGAACAGAUAUCUCCUCCCUGCAGCCUCUCUCUGUGAGGAGGACAAGAAACCAGGCAAGAAUCUGAGAAUACACUUUCAAGGUCAUCCCACCACUCAUCCAUCCAUCAAUGCAUUCGUCUAUCCAUUCAUUGAUUCACCCAUGUUUACCUGUACAGUUAGAUUAUCUCUAUCUAUCUAUUUUGUAUUACUGCCCAGAGAACCAGAACUGUUGGCACCAAAAUCUGGAACUGUACUUUUUUAAUUGGCCACCAGUCCCAUACAAAAUGUUCCAGUUAUGUGGUAUUUGGUAUGUGCUCAAGAUUGGCACAAGCAGGACCUUGAAGUUAGGCUAGCAGCACUGUUCAUUACUGACUGAUUAUGCAUGCUAUGUCACACACUCCUGCAACACCAUACACACAGACAGACACAUUUUGAAAUGUUCUGGAUGAAGACUGUGAAAACGCAGCCAUGGAAUGAAAAUGUAGCCAUGGCCAAUCAGACAAAGGACACUCGUGCGUGCACUGCGAUGACGUCUUUGCUCAACAAAACGAUGAGGCAGUUGUUUAUACAAAAUG